AUGCUCUUGCGGUCAUGGCCGCAGAGGACAAACAACACCGUUCGUCUCCUCCUCCGAGGAAUUCACGAUGAACGUUGGCCUGGCUGGGAGGUUGUCAUUGGCAUCGAAACCCACGCGCAAAUCAAAUCACAACACAAGUUAUUCUCCAACUCUCCAACGCCUGCAUUGAAAGAUGCGCCCAACACUAGUGUUACUCCUUUCGAUGUCGCUUUUCCGGGCACGCUCCCAAGUUUGAAUCAAGAAUGCGUUGACCUGGCGCUGAGAACUGCCGUAGCCCUCAAUGCCGACAUCCAGCCGCGGUCCUCGUUCGACAGAAAACACUAUUUCUAUCCCGACCUGCCUGCGGGUUAUCAAAUAACGCAGCACUAUGAACCCAUAGCAGUAGGCGGGACUGUUGCUUUGACAAACCGAAACUCUGCUAUUCGAAUCAACCAAAUUCAACUAGAGCAGGAUACCGCGAAGACAACUUUUGACCCGCGGACGCGUACUUCCAGUAUAGAUCUCAAUAGAGCUGGUAGCGCGCUCAUGGAAAUCGUCACGGAACCCGAUAUACGGUCCCCAGAAGAAGCUGGGAUGUAUGUCCGCACUCUACAGUCCAUCCUUCGUGCCGUUGGAGCUAGCGAUGGAAAUAUGGAGACGGGCUCUCUACGCUGCGAUGUGAAUGUCUCGAUCAACCGCGCUGGAGAGCCACUAGGCACCCGCUGCGAGAUUAAGAAUCUUAACAGUGUUAAAUUCAUGCAGUCCGCAAUUCUCUACGAAAUCGAGCGCCAUCGUGCUCUAUAUGUGCAAGGAGCGACAGUUCAACAAGAAACGCGUGGAUUCAAUCAAGAUACGUUUGAAACAUUCCCGAUGCGCUCCAAAGAGGACGCGCCAGACUACAGGUACAUGCCUGAUCCAAAUCUCGGAGUACUUCUACUACCACCUCAACGAAUCGAGCGUAUUCGCAGAACCCUUCCGGAACUGCCCUGGGCUACACGAGCCCGUUUGAUUGAGGUUCAUGGGUUGUCCGAGAAGGAUGCGGACGUGUUGCUCGCCGAAGAGAUGGCUCUUGCAUAUUUUAAUCAAGUCUGUGUAGAUGGGAGAAACCCGCGGCUAGUGUUUAAUUGGAUGAUUCACGAACUGCUUGGACGACUUCAUUCGGCGAACUUGGCCUUUUCAGACAACCCAAUCACGUCGCGUCAACUCGGGGAGGUGGUCGAUCUUGUGCAAAGCGGAAUGAUUACUGGUGCUUCAGGGAAGUUGCUCCUUCGCGACAUGCUUGCUUCUCCGUCUGCAUCAAUAAGUGUGGCUGAGCGCGCACGGUCACUCUCACUCCUCUCUGAUCCCACGCUCGACCUCGAUAAACUCUGUCUGGCAGCCAUUACAGCGCUUCCCUCUGAGGCUACCGCCUUCCAAACUGGAGCAAACAAGAAUGUGUUGAAUAAAAUUCUUGGAUGGGUCAUACGGGAGAGCAAAGGACGCGUGGACACCGAAAAGGCGAGGGAACGAUUGGCGGCAUUAUUAGAAGGUCAUUGA